AUGGCACCUCAAAACGACUCUCAAGCAGGCACUUCUGUUCGGCCAACCAGCGACAUCUCGUCCGACAUGGAUCCAGCCCCCCGAGAAACGACAGUUGCAGCGGAACCCGUGGCUGAAAAGAAGGAGAGCAAUAGUGCAACUCAUAUGUCAGGCUGGCCACUCGGACUAUUACUAUUCGGCCUCUUCCUCGUCAUUCUGAUCGUCACUCUCGACAUCUCCAUCGUCGCUGUCGCAGUUCCUCGAAUAACUGAUGAGUUCCAAACGAUCAAAGACAUUGGCUGGUACCCGGCCGCCUUCUUGAUCACGCAAUGUACCCUGCUUCCUCUGGCCGGCCGAAUAUACACUUUCUUCCCAUUCAAGGUCUGCUUUCUGGCCUUUCUUGCUGUCUUCGAACUGGGCUCGCUUCUAUGCGGAGUCGCUCAGUCCUCGAUGAUGCUGAUCAUCGGUCGGGCAGUCUGCGGCAUCGGCGGCUCCGGACUCAUCAACGGCGCGCUCGCCAUUGUCGGCAUUGCAGCCUCUCCAGAAAAGCGUCCUCUGAUGAUGGGUCUAUUCAUGGCUGUCUCGAGCUGCGGCCAGAUCGUCGGCCCAUUGAUCGGCGGUGCGCUGACGGAGCACGUGAGUUGGCGCUGGUGCUUCUAUAUCAACUUACCGGUAGGGGGAGUCACCACCAUCAUCUUCCUCUUCAUCCGCUUUCCACCCUCCGACAAGAAGACCUGGACCUCGAAAAGCCUUUUCUGGGAUCUGGAUCUUCCAGGCUUCGCCGUCUUUGCCCCAGCCUGUGUCAUGUUACUGCUGUCCAUCACCUGGGGCGAUACCGAAUACCCCUGGAAGUCAGCCACAAUAAUCGGACUGUUGUGUGGGUCCGUCGGAAUGUUCGCCGUCUUCAUUCUAUGGGAGAUACGACAAGGAGAGCAAGCGAUGAUUCCGCCACCAAUCAUGAAGCUGAGAGCAGUCUAUAGCUCCUGCAUCACCGCCUGCUUCCAGGGGGGAAGCAUGCUUAUCCUCACCUAUUACCUCGUUUUGUGGUUCCAGAUCAUCAAGGACGCCAGUCCGGCCCAGAGUGGGGUCUACACGCUGCCGAGUUUCCUCGGACAGGUGCUGUUCUCGGUUCUGACAGGUAUUGCCAUGAUGAAGAUUCGUUAUGCUUUGGCACCACUAGUCCUCGGCAAUGUACUCACCAUUGUCAGCUACGGAAUGUUCAGCACCUUCAACCCAUCGACCGGGUCUGCCGACUGGAUAGGCUGGCAGGUCAUGGCUGGCUCUGGCCGAGGCAUGGCCCUCCAAAUCCCUCUAUUAGUGGUCCAAGGUGCAAUCUCCAAAGCCGACCUAGCGACAGGCACAUCGGUGAUAGUCUGGGCUCAGUUCCUAGGUGGCAGCAUCAUCCUAACUGUGGCGCAAAGCGUCUUUGUGUCCUUCCUGCGCGCUGCCCUGCGGCGCUACGUGCCCACGUUGGAUGCAUCGGCGGCAAUUGAAGCAGGCGCAACCAACUUCAUCGCCUCUGUGCCGCCAGAGCUCCACGCCGCGGUGCUGGCCGCGUACAAUCGCGCCAUCACCCACGUCUUCUACUUGGGCGUCGCGGUGUCCGGGAUCGCGCUGCUCACCUCCUUCGGAAUUGGGACGGUCACGGUACAGGCGGGCGGUGCUUUGAAGGCUGGCAAGACAGAUGCGGCGGUGGCUGAAACGGGAGGAAAGACAGAAACGGUGAAGGCAGAGCCUGAGAAAGCAUAA